AUUUCUACUGUCUAGACCGAGAAAUGGACCCUGGUGCGAGCAGAACCAUGGAGGUGGCGGCACUUGGUCGACCUUUCAGCCUCGGGAUGCUGUACGACUGCCGCCAAGACUCAAUCGUCCCUGGAAUGACACUGUGGGACCGUGACGACCUGGAAAAUGAUACAAGAGAAAGAACAAAACCCAACACUGAAUUUGAGAUAGUUGCAUCUGAAUCAAUUGAGGACAAAUCUUCAGCACUAAAGGUCGAGGCCUCUCUGAAGGCAAGUUUCCUGUGUGGACUGGUUGAGGUGGAAGGAUCAGCCAAAUACCUGAAUGAUCAUAAGACAACCAAAAAUCAGGCCAGAGUUACUCUGAUGUACAAAACUACCACAAAGUUCCAGGAACUGUCAAUGAAUCAUCUUGGAAGAGGCAACGUGAAGCAUCCGUAUGUUUUUGAUAAAGGAAUAGCAACGCAUGUCGUCACAGGUAUUCUUUACGGGGCACAGGCCUUCUUUGUCUUUGACCGUGAGGUGUCUAAAAAUGAAGAUCAUCAAGACAUUGAAGGUAAUUUGAAAGUGAUGAUCAAGAAGAUCCCGAGCUUUGCUAUAGAGGGUGAAGGUUCCCUGAAAAUGGAAGAAAAGGACAAAGCAAAUGUUGAGAAAUUCUCUUGCAGAUUCCAUGGAGACUUUUCUCUUGAGAAAAAUCCUGUGUCCUUUCAGGAUGCAGUAGAAGUCUACCAAAGCCUGCCGAAGUUACUGGGAGCCAGUGGAGAAAAUGCGGUACCAGUGAAAGUCUGGCUGUUGCCACUGACAAGUUUAGAUUCUUCUGCUGCUCGGCUUGUCCGUCAGAUUAGUAUAGGGUUAGUUCAGGAAGCACAGAGAGUCCUGGAGGACUUCAGUGAGCUGGAAAUGAGGUGCAAUGAUGCAAUGAGAACAACAACUGCACAGCAGUUCCCACAAAUCUGCAAAAAGCUCAAAAGUUUUAAAGAAAUGUGCUCUGAGUUCAAGCUGGAAUUCCAACGAACCUUAUCAAAGAAACUUCCAUCAAUCCGGGGAGGAGGUGAAGAGGAAUCUGUGCUCGCAGAGAUCCUGAACAGGAGACAUUCUUCUCCUUUCAGCAGCAAAAACCUGAACGAGUGGAUGGACUGUAAAGAGAGAGAAAUCUGUGUUUUAAAAUCUUUCACCAACAUGAUGAAAAACACAAAGAUCGUCCCACAUCAGAGCCGUCUUCAUGAGGAGGUUCUCAGUGCAGAGCAUGCUGUGUGUUUUGUUUUCACCUCACUGGGAAGUGCUGAGCCGUACCUCUCUGCUUUAUCAGACUACUUGAAAGGAACAACCAAACCAGGCGACCCUCAAGAUCUACAUACGUAUGAUGUAGAGAAGGAACAGUGGUACCUUUCAAACAAAGUACCUGAUACAAUGAGGAGAAAAGCAAAGCUCUUCAGGGAUUUUGCUGAGGCCAACAAGGAGAACAAGAACAUUAAGUUCCUGACAGUGGGUUUGACAAAUGAGACACAGAAAGGUUCAAGCAUCUACCUUUAUAAAGACGGCUGCUCUGUCAGUGAAGACUUUGAGCCGCCUUCAAAGCCUGAAGCUGUGACAGUCAGUGACAUAAACCACAACAGUGUGACACUGAAGAUUUCUCCACCCACAUCUGGAGCAGAGGACGUCGCCUCCUACUCUGUUGAGUACUGUGUCAGUGGAGAUGAUGGAUGGCUGCCAAAGACGGUAUCAAAAGCUGAGGAAGUCACAGUGAGCGAUCUGAGACCUAACACAGGGUAUGUGUUCAGGUGCAGGGCAGUGACCUCAGUAGGUGUUGGGCCAGCCACAGAAGUCAGCGGGUCCAUUAAAACACGGCCUUGCAGCCCUCCUGGAAAACCUCAAGUUGAACCAAACUCCAGUGAGAUUUCAGUGAGCUGGCAGAAACCUGCUGAGCUUGGAGAAGGUGUCCAGAUUUUGAGCUUCAUCGUGGAGUACGCCCAAACACACAGUGGGGUGGAAGUGGAAGAUCUCCAAUGGAAACAAACAAUGUCUAGAGCUGAGAAAGUGAUCAUCUCAGAGCUUCAGUCAGCGACAGAAUAUAUUGUCAGGGUCAGAUGUGAUUGUGGUGUAGAUGGCAGAAGCAAAGGAAGCAUCACGGUUAAUGUCUGCACAACAAAACGUGAAUUUGCUCGCCUUGCAGAAUUCCUGAAACAUACCAGCGCGAGUAUAAAUUCUGGAUCCCCCUCAGUUUACAAACUGCCCCUGACAGAGGAGGAUUUGGACAUAGAUGGAUGUCGGAGGUAUAACUUUGGCAAAGAAACAAUGAGGCAGAAUCGCACCGUUAUGCUUCUUGGAGCAACCGGAUCAGGAAAGUCCACUCUGAUCAAUGGAAUGAUCAAUUACGUUGUUGGUGUAGAGUGGAAGGACAAUUUCAGAUUUAAAUUAAUUGUUGAGGAUGAGUCAAGGUCACAAGCUGAAAGCCAGACCUCUGAAGUCACUGUGUACAAAAUCAACCACGAGGAUGGUUUUAAAAUCCCCUUCUCCCUGACCGUUGUGGACACACCAGGUUUUGGGGAUACGAGAGGAGUAGGAAGAGACAAAGAGAUCACAGAACAAAUCCGGAGGCUUUUCACCUCAGCUGACGGAGUCAGCGAGAUUGACGCAGUGUGUUUCGUUACUCAGGCCUCUCUUGCACGGCUAACAGCAACACAACGAUAUGUGUUUGACUCUGUGCUCUCCAUUUUUGGCAAAGAUGUGGCAGAGAACAUCGAGAUACUGGUGACCUUUGCAGAUGGCAAGCAGCCACCGGUUCUUGAGGCAAUAAACGUCUCUGGAGUACCAUGUCCAAAAAAUGACUUAGGGCUUCCAGUUCACUUCAAAUUCAACAACUCUGCAUUGUUUGCAGACAACAGGUGCAUCAGUGACACGGCCUGUGAUGAAGAUUCGGAUGAUGAUGAUAACUUUGAUGAAAUGUUCUGGAACAUGGGAGCCAAAAGUAUGGAGAAGUUCUUCACUGCUUUGGGCAAGACGACAACCAAAAGCUUGCUAAUGACCCAAGAGGUUCUAAAAGAACGAAAGCAGCUUGAAACAGCCAUCGAAGGUCUGCAGCCACAGCUUCGAGUCGGAUUAGCAAAACUUGAAGAAAUUAAGAAAACAAAAGAAAAGAUCAAAGAACACGAAACAGUCAUGACGUCAAAUGAAAACUUUGAGAUUGAGGUAGAUGUUAUUAAGCCAGUCAAAAAACAGCUCACAAAGAAAGGAGAGUACAUCACCAACUGCCAGAAAUGUUCAAUAACAUGCCACUACCCCUGCGCAAUAGCAGAUGAUGCUGAAAAAGCUGGCUGUGCAGCAAUGGAUAGGACAGGGAUGUGCACCGUCUGCCCUGGAAAAUGCAUCUGGAGUGUGCAUUUCAACCAGACAUACAGUUGGGAGUAUGUUAAAGUGAAAGAGAAACAGACACUGAAAGAAUUAAAAGACAAGUAUGAAAAGGCAACAAAGGAAAAAAUGACAACGCAGGAACUGAUUGAGAGGAAGGAGGAAGAGAUCUGUCACCUUCAGGACAUGAUCGUGUCCCUCCUGGAUCAGACGUCGGACUGCAUAACUCGCCUGCAAGAGAUCGCCCUGAGGCCUAACCCUCUGACCACACCAGAAUACAUUGACAUGCUGAUACAAGGAGAAAAGUCGGAGGCCAAAGAGGGUUACCAGGUUCGAGUCCAGUCUCUGGAGGCUCUGAAGGAAAAGGCAGAAGUCAUCUCCAAGGUCGCCAAAAGACGUCGACUUACGAAAACAGAGGAAGAACUGUCUGAAGAAAGACAGGAGAGGAAGGAAAAGAAAACUUUAUUUAAGAGAUUUAUAAAUUACCUUGGAUUUUAGGCUGUAAGAACAAAUAUUACGUAUUGCUGCACUAGCAGCUGCCACAAUGAAGAUGAAUGAUCACAUUUAAAAUGCAGCUAAGCCAUGCUAAUCUUAGCAUUUUAAUAACCUCGCCAUUAACAAGGUAAAUGUUAGCAUCUACAUGUUUAUCAUAACAUGAUGAUUUGUAUGGAAGCACGCUACGGCUGAUGUGAACAUGCUAGUUUUCCAGUCCUAUAACAAAUAACGUGUUAGACACUUCAGUCAAGAACGACAAAGUCUGAUUCACGCUUUUGGGAUCAUGAAUGUAUCAACCGUGUUUUUUCAAAGGGCCACAGCCACACAUGGUGAAAUAUGAGCUGAGUAUUGUCUUAAAUACAGUAAAUACUUCUUAUCUAUAUUUGUCGUUAAAUGCCAGCAGGAGCUUUGGUGCCAUUAAUUGCUGCCGUGCAGAUGUUUGGAGGAAAAUAAUACGUUUAGUUUCUGAAGCUAUUUAGUACUGACAUACUACUGUACUCGAUUAAUAAUAAGUCCAUUAUACUUAACAAGCUUUGAGACAUAUUUUUAGUGAGGCUUCUGUUUGUGGUUCUUUCAGGAUCUAAUAAGAUCAGUUGUUGUAAAUGGAAUAAAAUGUUUUUUCGUGGUUUGUUGUAGGUUUCAGAGAUGCACGAUGAGAUGACAUGAGAUAAAAAAGCAUCAUAAUAAACUGAUUUUGCUGAA